GGGUCUUCACCCAACCACAAACCAAACACAUAUUCCCCAUUCCAUCUCCAGGGUCGUCCAGAGUCCAGCCAAGAACCGCCGCGCGCAGGGAAGAACAGGAAUCCUUCUUUGUUCCAGCGGCGAUGCAGACGGCGGCGGCGUGGGCGCCGAGCCCUUCUCCGUCCACCUCCUCCUCCUACGCCACCCCUUUCAAGGUGGGGAUUGCGUCGCCCUAUGGGACGGCCGCUCAUGCCUCCUCCGCGCCGAGGCUGGUCGCCACGCCCGCUCGCCGCUGGCGCCGGCGGCGGCAAGUUGUUCAGGCUAUUGCGAACCCAGAUCCAGCGGUCGAGCUGCCAUUGACUGCUGAAAAUGUUGAGCUGGUGUUGGAUGAAGUUCGACCUUACCUAAUGGCCGAUGGAGGCAAUGUCGUGUUGCAUGAGAUUAAUGGAAAUGUGGUGAGGUUGAAGCUACAAGGAGCAUGUGGAUCAUGCCCGGCUUCAGUAACGACAAUGAAGAUGGGCAUUGAGCGACGUUUAAUGGAGAAAAUACCAGAGAUCGUUGCGGUUGAACCCAUUGCUGAUGAGGAGACUGGUCUUGAAUUGAAUGAAGAGAACAUAGAAAAGGUACUUGACGAGAUCAGGCCAUACCUUUCAGGCACAGGUGGUGGUGAGCUCGAGUUUGUGUCAAUCGAGGAACCUAUCGUCAAGGUCAGGCUCACAGGCCCAGCUGCUGGUGUGAUGACGGUCAGAGUAGCCCUCACUCAGAAGCUCCGAGAAAAGAUCCCCAAAAUCGCAGCUGUCCAGCUAUUGUCGUAAAUCCUUGAUUCAACACAUUUUAGAAGCUAAGUCCCUACCAUGUGAUUGUGCCGCAACAAUAAUCGUCAGGAACGAAGUUGUAAUAUCUCUGUAUGUGUAGCCUCCUGAAGCUAUUUCAAACUCUCUAUAGCGAUGGUAGAUACGAAAUGUGGGUUCAUUCACGACAGUUUUGAGGUUCCUACCUUGUACAAUGUGUGAAAUGCCACUUCUACAUGUACAAUACUUGAUUCUGCAAAGGAGAGUAGAUAUUACUGAUCUGCUACUCACCUUGCAAGUUUUUAGAAAUACUUUAAAAUAAUAGGUGUA